AUGGCUCCCUCCAGCACUAGGGCCACCUCUGGUAAGAAGCCUUUGUCCUCCAAGAUGAAGUCCAAGGCCUCUUCAAACAAGAAGGCCUCUGCCGCAGAGAUGAAAAAAGGUUUGAGGGUGCCAAAGACUGCUGGGAAGAAGGCACUGUCAAGGGAGACAGUAGAUUUGUCACAGGACGACGAGCCUGAGGAGGAGGAUCCCCCUGCCAUGUAUGCCAGAGCCAGAGCCUGUGGCCAAUUGCCCCCAGUCAAACAUGAAACCAGUGUCCACAAAGGUGACACCCUCAAAGAAGGUGUCCGCACCCCCUUUGAAGACCUUGACUCUGAAGUCGAGGGUCUGUUCAACCCAUUCCUCAAGGAAAGCAUUGUGAGAGAGACCACCCAGGAGCUGGUGGGAAGUGACAAAGAGGAGGAGCCACCCAGCAAGGAUCUCCCCAAGUUCCUUGCCAUGGUACCCUCCCCCAACAAGGAUCAUGAAGCAUGGCGGAGGAUUGGUGGUGUCGCAAAGUUCCAGGUUGAACUCAUCAAGUUCAUCUUGAAGCACAAUUUGAGGGAGCAGUGGCGGUCUGUGCCUUCCAUGGUGGCAUCAUUUAUGGGUCCAGCAUUCCAGGCAUGGUGGCAUGCUUGGAUGGGAAAUCAACUCUCCAUGAAGCUGGCAUCUCACAGGGGCUGUUAG